AUGGCAGCUGCUUUAGCGUGGUUCGGUAGCGGUUCGUUCUCCAACACAAUCAUAUCAUCCGAUAAAGUCUCGUAUAAUGUGACUGUGAGCGGUCUGGGCGGACAGUCCGCAUUGCCAUUCUUCGGAUUGAUGAACAGUUCAAGCGACAUUGUUUGGUAUGAUUCGGUGUGGCAAUCGGAUCGAAGUCGUGCAGAGCUGCCUGUCGAUGACGAUAGCUGGGUGCCGACUAUGGCAGACCUCUUGGGCGAAUACUUUAUUAAACCGCGGGACGAGAAUCAUAGCGAAGGGUUUCUGGAAAUGGCCAUGUUCUUCGCGACGGACACUGCUCUCGUCAACUAUGAAGCCCAAAAGUAA